AUGCUGAAGUUUCGUACUGCUUUUCGCGAAUAUAACAACAUCCUCGGCGUACUCGAAGUUAGUCAAGGGCACCCUGAUGGUGCUAAGACAAUGUCGGCAGGACACUGGUCGACUGUUCUUCGCAUAAUGUCGGCGAUGGCGAAAUUGAACAGGAAGGGUCCUACCACCGCCCCUUGUCUUACUCCAGUUACCACUUCAAACGGUGUUGUACAUCCGACUGGUGUUCGAACUGCAGCAGUUGUUCGUUGA